AUGGCAUUGGAAGCUUCGAAGUCCGUAGUCUACGAGCUUUCGCUGCCGAGAUGGGAGACGGGCUUUUCUGCCGCAAGCCGGGCACGGUACGGCUACCGCAGACCAGAGUCGCGGGCAAACAACAAUAUGCAAAGUACCGGCAACAGGAGAAUUAGGCAUCGAACGCAAUGCUCAACUCUCCAGAGGACACAGUAUCUCACACCCCCGACAAACCUCCUAUCGCGCAUUGCUGUCCUUUCAAAACCGUCGUCUAUCUGGAACAUCCACCGCCGCCUCAUUAACGGGCCGACGCGCGCGGAGCCUUCGAACCACCGGCUUUUCAGUCGGCCCUUCUACCCCAUCCAAACUCUUUUUCUCCCCCCUUCCGCCAAGCCGCACACUACCGAAAUUGACAGCAAGCCACACGCCGCAAGCCAGAAGGCCGUGCCGAAUGAUCACCGAGCGGAAUUCGUGACGGGCGCCGCACGAGGCUCGUGUUCGACUUCCACCACCAGGAGGUUUGUGAGGACCCCGAGAUUCUUCGGGCGUGGGUUCUCAAGGGUCAUGGUGCCUGUCGACGAUUACGUACCUGGCACGAUGCUCGGAUUCGCUUCCCUCAGCAUCCUUGCGGCUAUCACCUCGUCACGUUUGAGAUUCUGCGACGAGGAACCUCGACAUGGUCCCAGUUUCCCCUUCUUUUCCUUCCGCCGUCGUUUUCACUCUCAUCGGUCUGGUACGACCAACAUUCGUGUUCUCAUGCACCAAACUCGCAACACGUAA